AUGGCUGUAGCACAUCCCGAUCACGAUCAAGUUUUGAUUAUAGGUGCCGGUAUAGGAGGACUGGCACUGGCUCAGGGCCUUAAGAAACUCGGCAUCGGAUUCUCAAUCGCCGAGAAAGAUGUGUCUGCCCGAAGUCGCUCCCAGGGCUUUCGAUUUCGACUGCAGGCCAUGGGCUGGAGAGGCCUUUCCACGUGUCUUACACCAAGUCAGUUGAAAAUCGUGGAAGAGCUCUUCCCGGAAUCGUCUACCUCAGGUUACAAGAUCAAUGCCAUCACUGGCGCGCUACAGGACGCUGUCUUCCCACUGGCUCGGUCCGGUGGCGACGAGAGUGCCUACACCGUCGAUCGUGCGCUGUUAAAAGAGUUCUUGGCGGACGGUUUAAGCGACAACAUCUUCUAUGGGAAGACUUUCCGACGCUACUCCGUCACCUCGAGCGGAGUGCAGGCCUUUUUCGAAGAUGGAACGUCAAUGGCAGGUAUCUUACUGGUCGGUGCAGAUGGAGUUCACUCGAAAGUAGCUCAACAGACGAUCCCAUCACGACGACUUCUCGAUAAUGAUGGUCGUUUCAUCACAGGAAGAACAAUGCUCACCAACGACUUAAGGCGGCGAUCGCCGGUUAUGGUGGACCGCAGCUGCCUCUUUACAGACCCGCACUCUCAAUCGCAGCAGACACCACUCAUUUUGGUCACCGAUCCUGUGCGCUUCAGUCAAUCAGCUCAAAGCUUUACUGACGCUGGACCUCUGCAAGACUACAUCUACUGGGUACUUGUCUCGCGCUCAGAGACUUUUGGCGAGACCGCAGAGGCUUGGGACCGCCUUAGCAGUGCAGAGGCGGCAGAUCUCAGUCUCAAGAUUACCUCGCACUGGGACUCUGGAGUGACUUCGGUUCUGGAGCUGCAAGAACGUGGAAGCACUCGUGCAUUAAAGGUGACUUCGGACGCACCUGAUAUCUUUGAGUGGCAAACGUCGGGUCGAGUCACGCUGCUGGGGGAUGCCGUGCAUGCUGUGACGCCUGCACGGGGGCUAGGGUCGAACUUAGCAAUACGGGAUGCGGCGGCAAUGGUGGACAUCAUUGCAGCUGGCGGAAUCAAUUGCAGCGCUGUCGCAACUUAUGAGCACAACAUGAGAGAUACGGCUGCGUCUGCGAUCUUGCACGGCUUACGAGAGUGUGAGCUGACACUGAAGCAUCUUUCUUUAGAAGAGUGCCAUUGUGUAGAGUAG